AUUGUUUUAUGACUUUGUUUCGAUAAAUUUUUCUCUUCCAUAUUUUCAUAUGUGAUUUUUCUUCGCGUAAUUUCAAUAGGUAAGAGGUAAUUAAAAAGAGUCCAAAGAUUCUUUCGUUCUAGGGAUUACCACAGCCUUUUUCGCCAUUGAAAUUUUGCAAGCUGUGAGAAAAAUACUUCUUGCAACCUAAUUUUAAUAAUAAUAAUCAUCUAAAACCAAACAAAUAAAUAGGGUAAGCAGGGUAAUUCAUGAAUAAAUAAUUGAAUUAACUUUAAAGUCAAUUAACUAAUGUAGUCUAAAUUGAUAAAUAGGGUGUAGAAGAGCUUUUAUGAUUUUGCAAAACCUAUAUACUAUAUAUUGCAGUGGGACCAGAAUAUAACCAUUGCAGAGUGCAGGGUAGCAGAUGGAGAAUCAGUUUCAGAAGAAAUAGGAAAAUUUGACAGGGUUGCUAGACUUAUAUGCAGAAUUGGUGGAACUGACAUCAAUAUCGGUCUAGUCCUAUAAAAUCAAGUUUGUAAACCAAAAACACCGAUUCAGAUGCUUUCCUGAUUAAAUUUUAACUUUUUUUUUUUUUUUUAAUUCCCUGAUAUGUAUUUUUCUUUGACAGUAUUGAGCUACUAAGUUUUUGUGGAAAAUGGAGAUAAAAUGUGGUAAUGAAAGUGAAAAAGAGAUGAGUUUUAGAUGUGUUCAGUGUGGAUUUUCAGUGACAACACUUUACAUACUGUAUUCACCUGGCAAUAUCCGCCUCAUGAAAUGCGGAAAUUGCAAAGCAGCUGCUGAUGAGUACAUUGAAUGUGAACUUAUGAUAUUGGUUAUUGACUUGAUUUUGCAUAAAAUUAGAGCCUACAGACACUUGUUCUACAAUAGGUUCUCUCGAGGGACUUUGGAUGAUGAGCUACCUGAUAGUGUAUUUCUAAUUCAUUAUUUGUUGUGUGUACGUAGAUAUGGCAUUACAAACUCAUCUUGUUCUCUUUUUCUUAUUUAAUUUUUAUUUUUGUUCGGUUUAUGCAGGUCUUGAUGUGGAAAUUAUCUCUCAGGUUCCUGAUUGUAGAUGCUUGUAUCCUUCUAAUCUCUAGUUCAUAUUCGCCUAUAUCAACUACUCACUCCGUCCUACUUUGUUUGACACUUUCCACUUUUCGAGAGUCAAAAGAGUUGUUCUUUGACCGUAAUUUUUUCAUGUCUUUUAAACAUUUUAAAUUAUUAAUGAUGGUGACUUAUAGUACCUUUUACGUAGUUUUCAAAUAUGUAAAUUCUAUUUUGAAAAAUUUAAAGAUUCUAUGUUCAAACACACGGUCAAAAUUAAAAAGUUUGACUCUCAAAAAGCGGAAAGUGUCAAACAAAUUGGGACAGAGGGAGCAUUUAUCUAUAUUUUGUGUAUUUCAACAAAUUAUUGUAGAUAGUUCUUCUGUACUUCAACAUUUCAACAAAUGAGGUAACUAUUGGACUUAAUUGAACUAAGAAUCAGAAUUCCAGUUCAUUGAAAUAGAGCCCUCUGUUUCUAAAGAGGCCAACCUUUAAGACAUGCAUUGUUUAAUGGCCUUAACUAGUAAAGACCAAA